AUGUCAAAUGAUAUUAUCUUAUAAUUAAACAAAAAUAUCAAAGAAUUGAAACUAGAGGAAUUAAAUAAAUUAGAAUAAGAAAAAGUAGAAGAAUUAUUUUAAAAAGGUAAUGAAAUCAUUAAUUUAGGAUACAAAUUAUAUUAUAAUGAUAAUAAAGAUCAAGAAGCAAUAAAAUUAUUAGAUGCUGCAUUGCUUAUUGAUCCUAGGCAUGUCAAUUCAUUAAAUUUAAAAGGUGAAAAAUCAUACAUAAAUAUAUUAGCUGAUUCUUUAAGAAUGAUUGGUAAUUAUAAUGAUGCAAUUAUAUGGGCUGAUAAGGCUUUGACUAUGAAUUCAAAGCAUGUUUAUUCAUUAUAUUCAAAAGGUAUAAAAACACAAAUAAAUUUAUGAGCUGAUUCUUUAAAAAUGCUUGGUAAUUACAAUGAUGCAAUUAUAUGGGCUGAUAAGGCUAUGAUGAUAGAUUCAAAGCACGUCAAUUCAUUAUUUACAAAAGGUAAUUUAACCAUUCUAAUUUAGGUGAUUCAUUAAGAAUGUUGGGUAAAUAUCAUGAAGCUCUCAAGCUUUUAGACCAAACAUUGAAUUUUGAUCCAAAUAAUAUUUUCUCUUUAUACACUAAGGGUUUAUUAUAUUUUCAAUUAUAUAGGAGCCUGUUUACAAUAAUUAUCAAAUUAUUCAGAAGCCAUUGAAUACUACAAUAAGGCUAUUUUAAUAAAUCCAAAUUUUUACCUUUCUAAAUAUUAGAAAAGUAUAGAUAAACUUAUAUCAAUAGCUGAAUGUGAAAAAUAACUCAACAAAAAAUGGUGGUGGUAAAAGUGA